AUGCGCCGUUGCCUGACGGGGAUUCUCCGAUUAAGACUAAGACCAAAAUCACAGGUAGCAAGAAUUACAGCCCAGAGGAGAAUCGUCACCACCCCCGCCGCGACCAUGCCGAACGAAAUCAAGGACCUCCACACUGUGGACGAGUCCUCGUUCCCUUACAUCUACGAGCAAAACGUUGCAGUACCUCUCAAGGUAGCCAACGGCCUCAUCCGCUGCAAUGUCUACCGUCCCAAGGGCACCGAGCCCGUUCCCGUAUUAGUGACGUACGGGCCUUAUGGAAAGGACAUCCAUUACAAGGACUUCCAUGGCAAAUCCUACUCCGAAGUCAACCCCCGCCACAAGUCCGACCACUCCGCGUGGGAGACGCCCGACCCGGGCUUCUGGACUUCUCACGGAUACGCCGUCGUGCGCGCCGACGAGAGGGGGCUAGGCCAGUCCCCCGGCGUUCUAGACACCAUGUCUCGCGGCACCAGCGAGGCCUUCUUCGACGUGGUCGAGUGGGCAGCCGAGCAGCCCUGGUCCACGGGCAAGGUCGGCCUCCUGGGCAUCAGCUACUACGCCGGCAGCCAGUGGCGCGUGGCCGCCCGUAAGCCCAAGGGCCUCGCGGCCGUGGUGCCGUGGGAGGGCAUGUCGGACUACUACCGCGACCGGUGCCGCCACGGCGGCAUCCUAUCCAACGCCUUCAUCAAGUUUUGGUGGAACCGCCAAGUCAUCACGAACCAGUACGGCCGACCGGGCCGCAGCGCCAGCAACUGGGGGCCCGACACCAUCGAAGGCGACCUCCCCGAGGAAGAGCUCGCCGCGAACCGCAACGACCAGACGCUCGACAACGCGGCCAACAAGUUCCGCGACGACGCCUACUACGCCUCCAAGGAGUACGACAUGGGCGACAUCGAGGUGCCCCUCCUCUCCGUCGGCAACUGGGGCGGCAUCCUGCUGCACCUGCGCGGCAACGUCGAGGGUUAUACCCACGCCGGCUCCCAGCUCAAGUACCUCCGCAUGAUCACCGGCCGCCACGACCUACCCUUCUACUACGACGAGGAGGUCGAGGUCCAGCGGAGCUUCCUCGACGCCUUCCUCAAGGGCGAGGACCGCGUCGGCUGGGCUACACCCGGAAAAGUGCCGCCCGUCGAUAUCGUGCUGCGCAAGGGGAACGUGGGCUUCAACGAUGCCGAGGCGGAGAAGGCGUACCCCCGCCGCACCGAGAACGAGUGGCCCAUUGCUCGCCGCGGCGCGGGAACUAGGAAACUCAGCUACCGCGCGCUCGGCACCAUGGAAAACCCCGAGCUUCUCCAGUUCACCACGGCACCUUUUGCGGAAGAGACCGAGAUCACUGGCCACAUCACGGCACGUCUCAACGUCUCCGUGACGCCUGACCCUUCGGGCCCCACCCCUAGCGAUAUCGACCUGUUCCUGACCCUGCGCUAUAUCGGGCCCGAUGGCAAGGAGGUGUUUUAUACCGGCACCGCGGGCGACCCUGUACCCCUCACCAAGGGAUGGCUCAGGGUAAGUCUGCGCAAGGUCAACGAGGAGCACCCCAAGCACCGGGAGUGGCUGCCCCACAGGGACUACACCAGCAGGGAUGUGCAGCCCGUAAUUCAGGGCGAGAUCUACUCGGUCGACGUCGAGGUGUGGCCCACCAACGUCGUGGUAGAGAAGGGUGGCAAGAUCAUCUUUGAGGUGGCCUCGGGCGACACUCAGGGCUCCGGCAUCUUCCUGCACAACGACGUCAACGAUCGAUCGCCCGAAAAGUUGCAAGGCACCAACCACAUCCACUUUAGCGACCGUUUCCAAAACUACGUCACGCUACCAGUGAUUCCUCCCAAGGACGGAGAGACAGAGAUGGUGGGGUAUUAA